AUGACUUUCGAAACCGAAUACAAGACGGAAGAUGUUGCGGCAUCUUUGGUGCCAUCGGACGAGAUUGAUACUACUUUCCGUUCAUCAUGUAUUGAUCUGAUAUCUGGAAGUCUUGGUGGAAAAGUACUUUCAUUCUCAGAUGAAUGGUUUGCGGAAGCAAACAAUCUUCUCACUCCUACCCCACCCAUCAGACAACCAGGAAAGAUGGUAUACACUGGUGCCUGGUACGAUGGAUGGGAAACACGUCGACAUAACACUGAACCUUUUGAUUAUGUUGUAAUUCGUCUCGGGGUUGCUUCCGGAACAGUUGAGGGAAUUGAAGUUGACACAGCUUUCUUCUCUGGAAAUAAUGCACCUGCUAUUUCCGUCGAGGGUGUGUUCAGUGACAAUGACGAAGAAGUAAUCGGAUGGAAAGGUGGUCGGGGAAAAUGGGAAACGAUUCUUGGUUUACAAGAGUGUGGUCCUUCUCAAAGAUUUGGAUGGAAACUUGCUGUUCCAACCACAAAAGCCUACACUCACGUGAGGCUCAACAUGUACCCAGAUGGUGGAAUUGCUCGAUUCAGACUCUUUGGUCAUGCCAUACCUGUUUUCCCAGAAGAUAAGAAUGCCAUCUUUGAUUUGGCCGCCGCUCAAAAUGGAGGAGUUGCUGUUUCUUGUAGUGAUCAGCACUUUGGAGUUAUCGCCAAUCUUAUAUUACCUGGACGUGGAAAGGAUAUGGGAGAUGGUUGGGAAACCAAGCGAUCUAGAGGAAAGGAUCAUGUGGAUUGGGCUAUCAUUCGGUUAGGAGCACCAGGAACCAUUGAGAGCUUGAUUGUCGAUACGGCAUUCUUCAGGGGUAACUUUCCUCAGAAAGUAAAGGUUGAGGCUAUAAACUGGAAUGGUGAAGGGGAGCCAGAGUUUUCAGCUGAAGGAUGGACUGCGGUUGUUGAGCCGAGUAAGACUAGUGCUGAUAAGGAGCAUGAAUUUGAAUCCUUGGUGAAGGAUAAAACCUUUACACAUGUCAAAUUAGUCAUGAUUCCUGAUGGAGGAGUAAAGAGAAUUAGGGUUCUAGGAAAGAGAAGUGUUUAA